AUGAAAUGGCUAUGCAGUCGCAAUCCUACACCGUUCACAGUAAUAAAGACAACAUAUUUGAGAGAGAGGCCGACUCAAAAGCCGCCUUCUUCACCUUUCCUAGGCCCGACGUGUUUUUUGCUUCCGAUUCCUCCGCCAACACCCCCGCCGACGCCUGCACCUACGCCACCUCCAACGCCUGCGCCUACACCACCUCCUGCCGCAACACCGCCUCCCACUCCCGCUCCUGCUCCAGCACCACCUCCGGCACCGGCACCGGCACCAACACCCCCACCCACACCACCUCCCGCUCCAACACCUGCUCCAGCACCUGCACCACCUCCAACACCAGCUCCUCCGCCGCCGCCACCUCCUCCUCCACCUCGUCCCGCUCCACCUCCGGCACCACCACCUGCUCCUCCUCCGAUACCUCCACCAACACCACCUCCCGCUCCUACACCUGCACCAGCACCGCCACCACCUCCGGCACCUACUCCACCACCGGCUCCUCCUCCAGCACCAGCACCUACCCCUCCUCCAGCACCAACACCACCACCUCCUCCGCCUCUGCCUCCACCUCCACCUCCACCGCCUCCAGCUCCACCACCAGCCCCACCCCCGACACCCCCACCUACACCCGCGCCUCCCGCACCCACACCGCCUCCAGCACCUCCUCCUACUCCACCUCCAGCACCCCCACCUCCGCCAACCCCAACACCACCUCCCGCACCACUACCUCCGCCGGCUCCAGCACCACCGCCUGCCCCACCUCCAGCGCCUCCACCAACUCCACCCCCAACACCACCCCCUACACCAACACUAGCCCCACCACCACCUCCUAUACCAGCACCUCCACCCCCUCCGACACGUCCACCUGCUCCGCCCCCAACACCCCCUCCCACACCACCACCUGCUCCGCUGCCACCUCCACCUCUACCGCCACCACCGCCUGCACUGCCACCCCCUCCAACACCUCCUCCACCUCCAGCAGCACCACCAAUACCUCCUCCAGCACCUCCACCUACUCCAACACCGACACUACCUCCGGCGCCACCUCCAACACCUCCACCAACUCCGCCUCCGGCUCCACCUCCUACACCACCACCUGCUCCUCCUCCAGCACCCCCACCUCCGCCAACCCCAACACCACCUCCCGCACCACCACCACCACCUCCUGCACCUCUACCUCCUCCGGCUCCAGCACCACCGCCUGCCCCACCUCCAGUGCCUCCACCAACUCCACCCCCUACACCUACACCAACACUAGCCCCACCACCACCACCACCUCCUACACCAGCACCUCCACCCCCUCCAACACCUCCACCUGCUCCGCCCCCGCCCCCAACACCCCCUCCCACACCACCACCUGCUCCGCCGCCACCUCCACCUCUACCGCCACCGCCACCUGCACCGCCACCCCCUCCAACACCUCCUCCACCUCCACCUCCACCUCCAGCACCACCACCAAUACCUCCUCCAGCACCUCCACCUACUCCAACACCGACACUACCUCCGGCGCCACCUCCUACACCAGCACCUCCACCCCCUCCCGCACCUCCACCUGCUCCGCCCCCAACACCCCCUCCCACACCACCACCUGCUCCGCCGCCACCGCCACCUGCACCGCCACCCCCUCCAACACCUCCUCCACCUCCAGCACCACCACCAAUACCUCCUCCAGCACCUCCACCUACUCCAACACCGACACUACCCCCAGCGCCACCUCCAACACCUCCACCAACUCCGCCUCGGGCUCCACCUCCUACACCACCACCUGCUCCUCCGCCUGCAGCAGCAGCACCACCUCCGCCACCACCAGCUCCUACUCCAACACCACCACCCCCACCGUAG